AUGAAGGCACAAGAGGGUAUGUCGCUGGUGGAGGACGACCUGAAGAAUCCCUGCCUGGACUACAUUCGGUACACUCUCUUCUCUCAAGAGGGUUACGUGUUCAAGUUGGCGGGCAGCGACAAGACCUACAACACCUUUGAGGAGUUGAAGACUGAUUUCAUGGACGGCCACAUUCCAGAGAGCGUCCUGAAGGAAAGUUUGACUGAUGAGGUCAAUGCACUGCUUGAACCUGUCCGACGACAUUUCACCGAGGAUGAGCAUGCCAAACAGCUUCUAGCGAAGGUCACGUCCUGGCGCAAGGAGACUUUGGAGAAGACAUCCUCGCUCGCACGGCUGAGCUUAGAUGGCGUCCUGGAAGGAGGGGACGCGCCGAUCUCCGUUGUCUUUGCCCCACAACCCUCCGAGUACGUUCGACUUUCCGACGUUCUCGAGGUCCUUGAGCGCCUGCGUGCUGCAGACGGCCAUCGAGUGCUGUGGUUGGAGGACUGGAGUGCUCGGUGUUUGGGUUCGGCCGGAGGUUCAGUGGAGUGUGUAAAAGGCUUCUACGAGCUGUUCCUGCAUGGUCUGCGGUCGAUGGACGCAGAGCUCAUGGAUGAGGUUCAGAUCCUCUGGCAGGGAGAGGCCAUCCUUUCAGGGGCUUCCGACUACUGGACCUCGGUCAUCAACACAGGACGCGAAUGCUCCUUGGAGGCCAUCCGAAGAGCGCUGCCAGACGGAGAGAACCUAGAUACUGCUGCCCAGGUUGUGGUCUCCAUCAUGCAUGUCGGUGAUGUCUUGGCAUUAGCUGGAGGCAAACGCGAGGCUGUUCUUUGCUGUGGCCCCUACCACAGGAACCUCCACAACCUUGCGUCGGAGCACUUCGAACGCAUUGGGCUCAAGGUGCCAAAGAUUGAAUGCACCGAGAUGCCUUGA